AGAUUCAUUUUAUUUUCUGUCUGCAAAGCUUUAGAUUAAAAAAAACAAACAUAAUUUAUGUUCGAUACUGUGACGUUUAGACGUUUCGAAGAAUUAUGAAUUUUAGAACAUUUAUAAAGAAAGCAACAACGGUAGUGAAGCAAAUUGCUUUAGUCACCUGCAUUUUUACCUUUAACCAAGGACUAGUAAGGUCUGAGUACAUUGUAAAUGUAGCAUCUCGAUCCACUUGGGUAAAUCCUGGGGAUAAUAAUCUGGCGUACUGCAAUAUCCCUGGCCAAGGGGCCCUCGACAUUAUCCAGAACUUGAAGGUCAAGUGGUUCCACAACGGUCAGGCCCUCACCAGCCUGUGUGAGUUCCUGUCAUCUGAUCUCACCAAGAGGUAUUCCUGCAAAGUUCUGGGUAUACAGCAGAACAACAUCAGCUUAGAACUCACAGUAUUAAAUGUUCAGAAAGCGGAUGCAGGCAACUUGACAUGUGAGGUGUAUGAGAAGAUCAAGGUGGGUGACCAGUGGGUCAGGGAUGAAGUGGUGGCCAUAAAGUCGGUGCCUAUACAUGUCAGAGAGCCAUGCAGAGUGAUGCAGGGGAGGAUUGUGGAUAUGGACGACAAUAUGGGCACACAGUUUGUUGCCGAUGCGACAGAAUUCAGAGGCAACAGCCAGAUUAAUGUAAUGUGUACUGCAGAAGUUGAAGGACUACCCUACUCAAAAAUGCAACGAACCUUUCGAGUAGAAGUCAUACAAAGAGAUCCUAAAUUCAGGUGUACCAAUACAUCUGCUAUUGUUAACAACACACAACACAAUAUUACAUGUGAAGUGUACGAUGUUGAGGGUAUUUCUUGUAACAAGAUCUUGUGGAAACGAGGAGACACUGGUGAAGAUUAUGAACCCGGCAGCUAUAACAAUAUCAUUGUAACUUGUAGGGAGGUAACCGAUAGCAAGAUAGAAACAACACUGGAGAUUCUGCAGGUGACGGCGGAAUAUUUUAGGACAUCGUUAAGUGUCAUCUACAACGACCCACUGUUCCAGACAAAAGAAUACCUGCUUAUAAUUCCGGAAGCUAGUAAGAUUAGUUGGUCUUUUUAGAAAUAGAGAAAUAUAUCUUGAUGACUUGAUUUUCGUUCAUAUUUCGUUCAAGAUGUAAAACGUUCUGCAAUUUUGGAAGUGUUAAAUUGUUUACGAUAGGGGAACGACUUUUCGAAAAUUUCAAAUUAUGAAAAAGGCAAUAACAAACUGUCAACCAUCUCAAAAAUCCAUAAAGCGAAAUACAAAUUUAAAGCAGAGCAACACGGACCUCUAAAAAUAAAGGUGGGAUCAUGUGCCUAGAGGGAGUACUAGUAAGCAUCCCCUGCCGACCUGUCGCAUCCGCCAUGUCCUCAUUGUCAAGAUCAUGAAAAACGAAAGAAACCGUAGUCAGUCCGCUGUAUAAAUAAUGGUCUGACAAGUAUGAAAAACGAAAUUAAAAACAUGAUUAGUUUUGGUUAGAUUAAGUGUUUUUAUCGCCAUACACAUUGAAUGAUAUAAAAGCUAUUAAAAAUAUAUAAAAUCUUAAAAUAAAUUUCAAACAACCAAAUUAUCUACAUGCAGCUGACGUAAAUUUUAAGAAUAUUAAUAUGAAUCAUUGUAUUAUGUGUUAUAUGCCCAAGAUGAACCCCUGCCAUUCAAAAAAUAGAAUGUUAACUGAAAGGUCUUGAAAGGUCACUAAAUGGCAUAUAACACUCUAGUGUCUUUUGAAAUGACUGAAUGGCAGAUAUUCAUCAUGUGAUGAGAGAGAGCGAAAGAAAGAGAGAGAGAGAGACAGAGAGAGAUACAGAGAGAUGGACGACAAAAGAACAUGGAACAAUUUCCACGCCAUUAAUGAAGGCACACCAAUUGCAAGUUCUGAAUGCAAAAAGGGGUAAAUAGCUAUACAUUGUAACACUCUUUUGAAGAAAAAAGCAUUUUAAAAUUUGUUCAGAGGAUUUUUUAUUACAAUCAUAUUAAAUCACAAAAUCUUAAAAGUUUAUGUCUGCAACUGAAGCUUUAUUAUAAGUUUGAAAGAGGCAUAGACAUAAUAUUUUUACACAAAACACAAAAUUCCGAAAUGUAUCCUACAAAAAGGGUAACGUUAAGCGUCAUCCAAGGACGCAACGCGUAAACCGUAUUUUAUUCUCUACACCACCUGUUGUUGAGUAGAAGAGGAGUUCCUUCUGAACAAGAACAGGAUACUUCAGUAUGUUGACAGCAUAAAAGGUAAACUGUUAACUUAUUUGAAAACGCAACAAAAUAAACAUUAAUGUAAAAUCCAACGCUUUUGAAUACAUUUAUUUGCUAUAUUUGUCUUUUAUCGUACAUUUAGAUCACUUACAGAAUAAUGUUUUGGCUUGGUCUGAAAAUUAAGUCCAGCAUUCCGACUUGAAUGUGAUGGACGGUGUGUGUGAAGACGGAAGCAAUAUCAAUUUGGUUAAUGAUUUAUAAAAAUUGACAGUAUAGCAUUUCUAUGUAAAUUGUUAAGUGAGAAAAACACCAGAAAUGUAAGUAAUGUUUCAGUUUUGAUGAAGUAAGGUUUGUAUGUUACAUGUAUGCAUGUUAUUUGACUAAGGUUACGAUAACCAGUUUUUGGACUUAUUAUAAUAAAUUAAACUUUCAGCUAUUUCAACUUCGAAACGCAAGUAUUAUUAACAUUCAUCUCUCGUUGGUUAUUUUGAGUUAGCGAUGAAUUUUGAGAAAAAAAGUUACUUUGUGAGGCAAUUUGAUUUUUUUUUCAUAUUUUAGCGUACCUAAAUUAUAGCAUGGAGGUCGUAUGUCGAUGGUGUCAUAUAUUUGUAUGUCCGGGGAAGAAAGGAAUCUGGUCGGAAUCUUAUAGGAAAUUUUUGAUAGAAUUUUAGCUAUUUUGACAUAGUUUAGAGCAAUCGAUGUCUCCAUCUAUUGUCAUUACAUUUGAGAUUAUCAUUUUAAAUAUGUCUGUAAAUUCUAAAUGGAAUUGAACGUUGAAACACAGUACAUAAGACAUUUGAUUAAAACUGAAUUUUACAAUCUCCAAAAAAACAUUAAAUCAAUCACGACUCUCCUUUAUUGGGCUUGGUCACAAUUUGAGCUCAACAUUUUUUUUUUCUUUUUUUGGUUCAUUUUUUGAUUCAUAAUGUAUCUCUAAUAGUCAAUCAUCAAUUUACAUGUAUGACGGAAAGAAAAGAGUUCACAGUUCAUUGUUACGUAAACAAAGUUAAAUUUCAGGCCAGGUCUUUUUUAAAUAUAUUUAGAACUGAAUUGAAAAUGACGCGUUAAAAAUAGAUUGAACGCAACAAACACUUGUAACCAUUUAUGUGUGUUUAUUAUAACAAACAUGCAAACCGAAACAAAAAUCUACUUGAAAUGGAAGUUUUGAUAUCUAAAUCAACUUGGCUUUACAUCCAUAUCAAAGAUGUUGGAUUUAAUUUUUUUUUUUAAUAAAAAAUCAUUUUGCGUGACUUUUUUGAGAGAGGGUGUUCUCAGCUAAAUGGCGAUUUUUUAGUCUUUAUAUAUACUAUGAUUGAAGAUGAAUAUUUAUUAAUUAUAUUCUGAAUUGUCCAUUUCAUUUCAUUUAGAAGAAUGAUUCGUAAAGGAGUUUUACUAUACUAAACCCUCUGUCUUUAAACUACAUGUACUUCAACCUUUGCCUUCUCAGAAUGUAAAAUAAAAGGAAUGUUCUUUCUAGUCAGUCAAUAUUUUGCGUUGAGUUUGAUCUGAUGAUCCGCGCUAGGCGUAAUUUGCUAAUCUUAGGCUUUCAACUGAAAACAGGGUUCGAUUUGCGGAUGAUUUUAUUCUUUCGAUACAAAAAUUUUCUUUGAUUUCUUACACAAUGGUAUUUAAAAGCACUAUAUAGGCCUACAUGUAUAUAAAAGUUCUGAUUUCAUCUUAUUUUAUUGAAAAUUGUGAAAGUUUAACAAGAUAAAAGGACAAUUAUUUUCUGGAGAUUUUGCAAAGCUAAUUUACUUGUGAAGUUUCUCUUGCUAUCACUUAAUUAAUUAAUUAAUCACUAUUUUCACUUACAUUUUUUCUUUACUAGUUUUGAUAUACUGGACCAGGUAUAUAA